UGUUUACAAAACAAAUAUGGAAGACAUGCAGCAGGAGACAGACAAAAAGAAUUGUACUUUUUUAUUUAAAAAAAGGAAAGUACGAAGCAAAGUAUCAAGAAAGCGUAAAGGACUUGACGACAGUGAAAGUAGCGAAGAUGAAACUACGGUCGUUAAAAAAGAAAAAAAACCCGAUGAGCGUAAUCCUAUGAGGCAAAGUACAAAUACAAAGCGAUAUCAUCACAAAUCUACUAAUGAUGACAGUAGCGAGGAUGAUAGUGUGACUGUUUCUUAUAAGAGCAACAGGACACCUAUGCCAGCAGGACCAAGCGAUCAGGGAGCAACUGCCAUUCUAGAAACAGAAACUGAAAAGGACAAAGAUGCUCAAGCUUUAUUUGAGAAGGCUCAAAAAAUUAAUGAAGAACUAGAAGGAAAAGAAGAUGACAAAAUUUACAGAGGUCUUAAUAAUUAUGCACAGUAUUAUAAAAAAAGAGAUACUGCAGCAGGAAAUGCGUCUAGUGGUAUGGUUCGUAAAGGACCUAUCCGUGCUCCAGCUAAUCUCAGGGCAACUGUUAGAUGGGACUAUCAACCGGACAUCUGCAAGGAUUAUAAAGAAACUGGAUUUUGUGGUUUUGGAGACAGUUGUAAAUUUCUUCAUGAUCGUUCGGAUUAUAAACUCGGAUGGCAAUUAGAAAGAGAAGCAGCUACUGGAGAAUACAACAACAGUGGAGACGAAGAUGACAAAAAAUAUGAAAUAGAUAGUGAUGAAGAAUCUUUACCGUUUAAAUGUUUCAUUUGUAGAAACAGUUUCACCGAUCCAAUUGUUACAAAAUGUAAACACUAUUUCUGUGAAAAGUGUGCUUUAGAACAUUACAAGAAGACUACAAGGUGUUACAUUUGCAAUGUACAGACUAAUGGUGUUUUUAAUCCAGCUAAAGAGUUAAUUGCUCGAACUAAGCUAGAGGAAAAGGAAAAAAUAGUAGAGGAGGACAGUAUGUCUGAUGAUUAAUGGAAAUAUAUAUACACAUACAUAUGUGUAUGCUUUUAAUAA